AUGAAAGCGUUAUGUUUCAAUUUGCUCCUAACAGUGGCUUUUUGUCAGCACACGCUUAAUUGCGAUGUAGGUAGAAAUUGAGAGCCAAAGGUGGUCCCGAAUUUUCAUCCAGGAAGAGAGCUCGCUUCAGGCUUAGCAAGAGGUUCCACCUUACAAUCCAUUCGACUUCAUUUCGAGUAUAUGGAUUUAUCUAUGACAGACAGCCAAGAAAGUCUUCUCAAAGGCACAGUUAUGUCAGCUGUCAAUAAUUGAUUCACAAACCUCCUGUCAGUUUAUCCUCUGCAGUCAAACUUAAAGUUGAGCAUUUCGAAAUGCAAUAGUGUGACUGUCCCAUCAAGCCAUCAAACAACAGGAGUAGCAGCAGAUUAUAUUUUAUAUAUUUACGGCAACACAACUACAGCAACUUAUAUUGCUAGAGGAGGUGCUUGCACUUAUGACAGUGGGAAUAAUAACGUUUUAGCAGGGACGUUUGAAGUCAAUAUUGCCAAUUUUUUUGGCUCAGGGACUCAAGAUAAUAUUAUUAAUUCUAUACAUGAAGUGACCCAUGCUCUGGUGUUUUCAAGCUCUUUAUAUAGCUUGUACAAACAGUCUGAUGGGACUAAAUACUCAAGCUACCAACAAACUGUUAAUUACCCAAACCGUGGCAAAAGUGUUACGGCUUUGACUUUUCCUACUGUUUUAGCAAAAGCGCAGAGUGCAUUUGGCUGCAGCACUUUGGUAGGACUUGAGCUAGAAGAUGCAGGAGGCUCUGGAUCGGCUGGAUCCCACUGAGACAUGAGAGUGAUGCCACAUGAUUAUAUGUCUCCUUCUUUUUCUUACUUCUCAGUCUUAUCUGAUAUUACUUCAGCUAUGUUUCAAGACUCAGGCUGGUAUACUGUCAACUGAGAUUAUCCUCAAAGCAUCAUAUGAGGCAAAAAUCAAGGCUGCUCAUGGUUUGAAAAUAAAUGCAUAGAUAAUGGAGUAGCCCAAUUUCCAGGAUUUUGCACGAAUUUAAAAAGCAGUGGCUGCGAUGUCUUUCGUUUAUCUGAGGCUUCUUGCUAUAAGGGGUCUUAUUCAAGCAUUCCUUCUUAUGAGCAGUAUUAUAGCGACAGCACGAUAGGAGGUGCUUCACAGUUUGUGGAUUUUUGCACUUAUAUGUAUCCUUAUACUAAUCGCUUUUGCCAGAAUACCACAGCUUCGAGUAGCUAUAAAUAUUAUGGGGAAGCCUUAGGGUUUACCAGCAGAUGUGUUGAGUCGACAUUGCUUAGCAAGAGCUACGUUUUUACAGAAAAAUUAAAAGGAAAUUGCUACCCAGUAGCAAGCUGCACAUCAGAUGCAGCCUAUUUAACUGUUGGCACUCAGACAAUUAAAUGCCCCUUUACAGGAGGAAAUGUGACGAUCUCAGGGUAUAAUGGAGUUCUCAUAUGUCCAGCUUCCAGCAUUUUGUGCGAUGCAGUCCCUUGCUUAAACGCUUGCUAUGGUCAAGGAAUCUGUAAGUCAGGAAUAUGCACUUGCAAUGCAGGCUACGGAGGUAAUGAUUGCUCAAUCGAGUGCGACCCUACUUGCAAAAAUUGCAAUGGAAGUGGCUCAACCAGCUGCACUUCAUGCUAUUCAACAGCUACAGUUACCAAUGGAGCUUGUGCUUGUCCAUCUGGCAGCACAUGGGAUCAGAAUUCGUUAAGCUGCCAAUCAACCUUGACAUGUGCAAGCCAAUGCUCGACAUGCACAGCCUCAAGCCUAUAUGCUUGUAACUCCUGCAACUCCAAUUAUUAUCUUUUUCUAGGGACCUGCACCCAAGCUUGCCCAUUCGGAUAUACCGCUUCAAAUAGUCAAUGCAGUGAGAGCUCUAAUCCGAAUGUUUAUAAAGCUGCCUUUUACGCAUGGAAUAACACAUAUUCAAGCGAGAAUUCAGCAGUCUCUCUAUAUUUUGGAAGCUCUAACAGCUUUAUGCCAACUCCGGACUCUUAUGAUCCAACCCUAUCAUACUCAAGAGGAGUUUAUUUUAAAUCCAGUUCAUAUGCCUCACUUCCACCUAACAGUGUGAGCUCUACGCCUAUUCUUUUGUCGCCUGUUCAUUCAGCUGAAGUGUGAAUAAACCCAGAUAAGGUUACAUCUGAACAGUGCAUAGUCUCCAAGUACAAUGGUGAUCCUUUAAUAGAAUUCAAACUAGCUUCAAAUCUUUUAAGAGUCAAAAUAGCGCUAACAUCGACAGCGGAUUAUUCUUUGGAUACAAAGCUAUGUGAUGGAUUAAGUGCAUCUGCGCAAUCUUGGCAGUGGGCAGCUUACAAAAUAUCAUAUUCGUCAAGUUCUCUUACAACUACUCUCACUUUAUACUUAAAUGCAGGCACAUUUACCUGCACCUACAGCUCAUAUAUCUUUAUUGAUUCCACCAGUUCCAGCAGCAAUGCAUUUUUAAUUGGGAGUGGGUAUCAAGCUUAUAAAUAUACUGAAGGUUUUCAAGGAUUUUUAGGUUCAGUAUAUAUCACAAACCAAAAUAGUUAUGUCCCUAUCACCCCAAGCUCAUCUUGCAUCAGAGACAAUUUGUGCCUUUCUUCUUGCACUUUUUCGCAAUACGUAAAAGAUAGCAGCUGUGGAAGUUGCCUUUCCUCUUGCUCAAAUGGAUGCACAAAUGCUUAUAAUUGUUUGUCAAAUGUAAAUAGCCUCUGCACUGGCUUUACUAACUUUACAACUUGUACUUCAUGCAAUACGGGGUCAUAUUUAUCAGGCAGCACUUGUGUUUGCAUUCAGUAUUCAAGUUUUGAUGCAUCAUCAAAUACAUGCUUAUGCAAUUCUGGGUAUACUUAUGUAUCUCAAGGAUAUUGUGCUGUCUGUGGAAAUUAUUUUAAUACAUAUGAAAUUUCUGCCUACUUUUCCCAGGAUUAUUUAAGCCUGAUCUUGGAUUUUUCAAGAAAAGUAAAAUCAGAGACAUCGUCUGACUGCUCAAUGAUAUUCCUACAAGAUUCUUUAGAGAAGCUAGGAACUUCUCCUUCAUGCUUGUGAGUGACUUCAAGCUCUUUAAGAGUUUUGCUAGGCUCUGGUGCUACUUUAAAAAAUGAAAGCAUUGCACUUAACCCACAAAAUGUCCAAGCAAGUGGUACACUUUGCGACUUGAAUAUUCAGCAACUGACCCCAACCGUUCAAUUUAAGUAUGAUUUACCUAUUCCAAGUGCCUGCAUAGACGCUCCAACUUCAUAUUCACUUACUUGCGCUAUUUAUGAUUUAACCAUAUCUGGUGACAGAUCUCAAGGGACUGAUUUGACCUAUAGUUGAGCAGCUACAAUAACCCCUUCAAGUUCAUCAAUAGUAUCUUACAUUAAAGGUCAAACCGGGGCAAAGUUUACUAUUCCAGCAUCUAUGCUCUCUGUUUCUACAAUUAAUGUAACUCUCACUAUUACAAAUUUCAGAGGAAUGAUGUCUAAUACUACAUCUUCAAUAUCAGUCGUCAGCGAAGCUGCACUAUCUGUUCAUAUAGACAGUGGAAACCAUGCUGCUAUUUACUCUAACGUAGUGAGUCAGUUCAAAAUGACAGUUUCGAACUUUUGCAAUUCAACUUCAACAUCUGCAUCAUAUAGUUGAAGCUAUGUUUCAUCUACAAAUCCUUCUGUAGACGUUUCCUCACUUCCUCCCUCUGUGAGUGAACAAAAAUAUUUGUUCUUCAAGGAGGGGGUUAAUUUUUUCUGGAAAUUAAAAUAUCACUAUUUACAAAAAUUGAAAAGCAAGCAUUAAUUUAAUUUGUAAACUUUAAGUUUUAAAAUGCAAGCUGUUAAAAAUCCAACUGAAUUAGCUCGAGAUUUCAUUAUAAUAAUUAUCACUUAUAAUCAAAAUAUUUUUUCCAAAAAAAUUGUUGCUCGCUCAUGGAGUGUGGGUUUUUGACCAAAAAAUAUGAUGCUUCCAAUAGUUUUGUUCUCUCACUGAGGGAGGAGGAGACUCAGUAGUUUCUAAUAGCAAGCAACCAAACACUUUGAUCAUAAAUCAAAAUGAUCUACCAGCUGGAUAUCAAUAUACUUUUAAUGCAACUGCAUCUGAUGGGACAAUGACUGGAUGGAAUACUUUAACUAUUUCGGUUAUCCCAUCAAAUCUGGUGCUUGUUUUGAAUAAAGUGAGCGGAUCUGUUUUCAAUGGAAGCGACUUAGUUUUAGAUGCUAGCAACUCUUAUGAUCCAGAUAAUCCAGGGUCAUCGCUGAAUUUUGAAUGAAAUUGUUCUCAAGGGUCUGGAAGCUGCUUGGACUCGUCAGGAAAUCAAUUGAUUGGAAAUGUCACCUCAUCAAUCCUGACGAUACCUGGAAGUAAGCUGCAGGUAGGAGCUACUUAUGAUUUUCAUACUAAGAUUUAUAAAAAUAAUCGAACCACUUCUGGAACGGUAGAAAUUCUGGUAGCUGAUGGGACUGGUUCAAUUUCAGUUAGCCAGCCACUAACAAGCAUAGACUACCAGCAUGAUUUUACAUUAUUGCCUGAUAUUUCUACAGGAAGUAGCGCAACUUUCUUAUGAAGUCAAAAAUCUGGCCCUUCAAUAGCUACUGAAAUUCAAACAAACAACUCUUACAUUAUGUUUCCAGGUAACUCUAUGAGCCAAGGAACUGCUUAUACCUAUACGUUGUCUAUGACCUAUCAGUCUGGAUCAAAGAUCUAUUCUGACAUCUCUUGGGCCACAAAUGUUCCACCUUCAUGCUCUAAUCUUACUUCAUCAAAAAAUUCUGACAAUUCCUGGCUUCUUUCUGCUAAUUCUUGCACAGACCAAGAUAGCAAUUUUCCUCUGAGUUAUCAAUUUGCUUUAUAUAUUGACCCUAUAUAUUAUGCGCUCAGUGUGCCUUCUCAAAGCUCAUAUAUAUCAGUGAAUCUUCCAGCUGGAACUUGGAAUUUACGAGCAAAAGUGUGUGACUCGAUCGGAUCUUGCAGUUUUUAUCUGUCAACUGUCACAGUUUCAUCAAGAGUUUUGCAAGGGUCGGCUACCACUGCAAGUCAGUUUAAUCAAAUGAUUAAAAACCCUGACCUGAUACCUGCUGAAAUUAUAUUUUACAGCUUAUCAACAAUUGACGCUGAGACCUUUAAUGCGAUGUUUGGUGCUCUAGAUUAUUAUAUUACCUUGAUUUCAUAUAUUAAUAAUGGAGUUUUGGACACUGCUUUGACUUCUCUUCAGUGUAUGCUUAAGAAUCAAAAGGCACUUGUAAAUGACACUUAUUUAGAUCUUUCUUUUAAAAUAUUGAAUUGAACCUUCAGCAAUUAUGAUGACUCUAUUGUGGAUUAUCAGGUAUCAGAAAUCUGCGAGAUGUUCACUCCAUUUUAUGGGCCUGAGUUUAAAUUUUAUAUGCAAUUGCAAGAGCUGCUUGACAAGGUGAACAAUAAUUGAAUGAGCUCAACCUUGCCUGGGCAGUCUAAGGAAUCUUUAAAUUCCACUUUUCUUUCUUCAAACCGAUUGCUCCCAUCAAAUAUAGCAAAUUAUACAUUGAAUAUCCAGAACAGAACAGUAGUAAUCCCUUCUGCAAUCCCAAUUGCCAGCACUGAAGUCUAUGAUUUAAAUGUCUUUGUUUAUCCACUUGCUGGAAAUCUAUCAGACAUUAUUGAUAUCACUUUUAAAAAGUCAGGAGUCUACCAGAACUACAACUUGUCUAUCAACCCAGAUCCCUCAACAAAUUCUUUCUCAAACCUUUCUGUUCCAAUUGCAGUUCAGAUUAAUAUAAAUAAUGUCAAUAAUGAUACACUCGAAUGUGCUUAUUACAAUAAUAGCGCAUGAACCUCGGAUAGCUGCAAUAUUUUGAAAUCUACUGAAUCAACUGUAGUCUUCAACACAACCCAUACCUCAAUGUUCCAAGUCAGAGUUAAAAGUACUGUCAUUCCUAUUCCUGAGGACUCUUCAGACUGUGGAACUACAUAUGGGCCUAUAGCUUCAAUGAUUGUUGUGGUCUGGCUGGCUUUGAUAUUAAUCACUAUUUUUGUAAUUUUAGACAGACAAAUUAAGUACAUGAGUAGCGAUUCUGUCUCAAUGAAGAGCAUGCUAGAAAUGCACGAAUUGACGACGCUUUUUAUACCCCAAGGGUCAUUUAGAAGAGCACAAAAAGUCCUUCAAGUCAUGGGUGUUUUGCUGUUUGAGCUAUUUAUAUGUGGAGCUAUUUAUCGGCCUAUUGAUGAUCCUUACAAUAGUAGUGAUGGAGGCUUUGACGAUUAUUCUGGAAAGGAGCUUCUAAAAGUACUGGUAGCUUUACUACUAGGCCAAGUUUUAUCAGUUGCUUUUAUUAUUCUAAAUAACCAAUCAAGAAAUUUCUCAAUUUUCCAAGUAAUUGCGUGCACAACCAGUAUCUUUAUUUCGAUUGGAAGCAUUAUUGGGAUCAUAAUUUUGAAUAUCGAUUACUGCUCAACGUAUUCUGAUUAUUGGUUUAUUGAUUUUAUGAUUGCCUUACCUUGUGAGUUCUUCUUGUUCAAUCCUCUUCAUUGUGCUUUCUUUGUUUUAUAUAAAAGAUUGACUGCUAAAGUGAGCAGUGAAGUUCCUGGAAUUGUAAUACAUAGAAUUGAUGAGCUGGCCCCAGAAACGACUGAAAGAGGAGGAUUAGCUGAUGAAAAUAGUAAAUUUGAUACGAUGACUGUAGAUUUCAAUACCAUGAAUUCUUUUAUUCAAGUAAAGGAGCCAAAUGUAAAAUCCGUUGAAUAA